AUGAAGUCAACAAUCCUUGGUCUUUCCCUUGUUAGCGCUGCUGCUGCGCAGAUAUCAGUUAACGGUGUUUCGAUGGUCCCUGCCAUGACAGCAUACAACAAUUAUGCCAGUGCUACGGCUGCUGCCUCAUCCAGUGCUCCAGCUUCCUAUGCUACUGCUGCGCCAUCCUCCUCGGAUUUCUACUCAGUGAUGCCUUACUCAUCAUAUUCGAGCGGUGGAUACAAAAGCCUGGCUUGUGGUUAUGGAUACUCUAAACAGUCUGAUGGUUCUUGUCAGGCUGAGUCUUGGUAUAACACUCAGUUUUCUGGAUGUUACGAAACCAUCAUCAUCAAUGAGGGCAGUUCAGGAUAUUCGGGAUAUUGCGAUAAUUACGGGUACGGGAGCGUAUCUACCGUAACCGAAACCUCGACGGAGUAUUCGACAGUUACAGAGACGUCUACUAUGACUGAGGCGACUACAGUCACAAUGUAUGUUACCCAGACCCAGAGACGGAUAUCCUCACCCAGGUCAACAAUUUCUUCACUGUUACCCCUAUUUUCUUUCUUACCAGAACGUUUUUCGACAACACAGACUCAAGUUUAUACAUCGAUUGAGAUGGUUCCAACGACAAAAGUCUAUGUAUCUACCGAAGUCAUUGACAACACUCUCACUCAAGAGUAUACCGUUACCGCAACAGAGACUCAGACCCAAACAAACGUCUACACGAUGACGGAUACCGAGACCGACACUGCUACUCAAACUCAGAUCGAUACUCAGUUCGUCACCAUGACUGACUUCUCGACCAUUGUUCAACCCACUACAUACACGAGUGUCUAUGUGAGCACUGACAUCAUCGACAACACAUUGACAGUCGAGAACACCCUCACCGCGACUCAGACAGAGAUGUUCACUAGUAUUCAGACCCAAGUUCAAACUAUGACCGCUACUGAUUUCGUGACAAUGACCGAGAUUAGUACCAUGGUGGAACCUACGACAUACGUGUCGACGUACGUUUCUACUCAGGUUAUUGACGAAACAUCUACUGUCGAAAACACUCUUACACAAACGAUGACGGACACAUUGACCUAUUUGUCGACACUAACUUACCUCUCUACUGCAACUGCAACUGCGACCCAAACUGAGCAAGUUACGACAACAGUUCAGGAGACUGCUCUCGCUUCUUGCCUUUCUUCGUGCAAGAGUUCGUGGGGAAUGACAGCCGGAAAUAAUAUGUACGGAAACACAUAUGCUAGUAUGGCUACCUCCACCGCUGCUGCAACCUCUGCGAUGACUUCAGCUGUCUACUCGAGCAUGUCAGUGGCCUCACCGUCGUACUCGGUCGCUAGCUCCAUGGCUGUGGCCUCUUCUGCUGCCGCUACCUAUGCUGCUGCCAGUUCCUCAGCCUCGUCGUACGGUGCAUCGUCAGGGUCUUGUUCGUCGGGGUCUUGUUAA